AUGAUAUGGGAGUACCUCUUCUCGACCCUCCACAUACAACCACCGGGGGACAGCCUACACAAGCACAGCCCACACAAGCACAAUUUGUCCAUCCUUUGCGCCAGUCAAUACCUCUACAAUGAGGUUUCAUCUCAUUUAUUCCACGACUCUAUUCAACACAUCUCACUGAACCCAAAAUAUAACAAGGAAGAGUGGAUGGCAAUACAGUUGAAAUCCAGAACCGUGGACAUCAAGUGGACUCUCAGGAACAGAGCAGACGCCGAAAAACAUUUCCACAGCUUCCCGCAUUCGAAAACGACGAUGAAGAUCCAUAUCAACUCCCCAGAUCCAACAGAUCCCGGUCAAAUGGUGUUGAUAUGGCAGAAAGCCAACGCGCUAGUCGAUCUUUUAAUUGGUACCACUCGGUCAGAUAUAGUGGUAGCCACAAAUGGUGAAUGGCAUUCAGCUCCACCAGCUCACUGGCAACGAGACAAAGACACAUUUUAUGAGAUGGGUGGUCUACAGGAGACAAUCAAGUCUAGCAAAUACCGUCCCGACUCCGACAUUGCCAUCUUACCCUUCCUUCGUCUAGAACUAUGGGUCAAAGAUCCCAUAGUAAAUGUGCCCGCCAUGUCAGACGAGGUGUACGCACACCUACACCGACGUCUCGUAUCGUUAUUCGACCAAAACGGCAUCGAGCGCAGAUUAAAGAAGCUUCUCUGCAUGAACCAAGACAUCGCCGUCCAGCAAAUUGAAAGCGCCAUCAUUGACACCAACCUGUUCUUGGAAACAAGCCUGGACGAACUACCAGGUGAAACAGCAAGCUUCCUUCGUCUUGACCGAUUCAAGAACUGGUUUGAAAACGGCACACGCUGGGAAUCUCGAUACGAGGCACAACUCUACAACCAAUUGUGUGCCUGUCCCUGGGUUGUCAUGGACACGGAUCCGUGGCUCCAUCGCUCAAAUCAGAGAUACAUCAUUCUCAUCUUACUACACCAUGCAAUGUAUGCGUUCCAAUCCAGUCCACCUAACGGAUUUGGGAUCUAUGACAAGUCGAGAAUAUACACGAGAUGGAACCAGGCAUUGUGGUCGGAGAUAUUUGAUUCUGGUCUUCCGCCACUCCCCGAUGUUCAAGACUGGCUUUCGCGGUUCUGGUCCGAAGCCUUCCAGUUUCGAAAAGUUCACGCCUACACGGAUUGGUUGUAUCGACGACGGGUGGAGGAAACUGGAGUCGAAGAAUGCAGAUGUCCACUUGUACACCGUUUGGUACUGUGGGGUCAUUGA